AUGAUGUUUUCAUUUACUUCAUUGGGUGGAAAAAUUAACACUUCUGUCAACAAUGGCACUUCCCCACCGAUGUUUAUCAUGAUUGGCGAGAAUUAUCAUCAAAUGGGAAGUUUGCUACCACAACAUGGUUCUCAACCUAAGUUUUCUCAGUUAUCUAUAUAUGACACAAACAAUGAAGUACAAAAUCAUAUGUCCGUUGUCAGAAUGGAUAAAGAUAAUUCAGAAUUGAACUCAUCAAUCGUUGAAGACAUAAAAGAAAUGCUUGAUGAAUACAACUCACACGCAAAAGUUUAUAGGAUGGCUCGUGACAAAGUUCAGACGAAUGACAUGUCAAAUAUGAAAUUGAGAAUUUUAGGCAAAAGAGGAUAUGACGGAAGACGAUAUAGCACGAUAGAGUCUUCACGUGUAUAUUGGGUUAAGACACAUCAGAAAGAGUUACGAGCAGAUAUGUAUAGUUGUCUUACAGACGCAGUGCUGAAUGGAGAAACCAAUCCUUCAACAUCAGGAAGAAGGAUUGUAUUGCCCUCAUCAUUUACUGGUGGUGCACGUUAUAUGCUUCAUAAUUAUCAAGAUGCCAUGGCAAUUUGUAGGUGGGCUGGAUAUCCAUAUUUGUUUAUCACAUUUACUUGCAAUAAAAAUUGGCUAGAGAUGCAAAGGGUUGUAACAAAUAUGGGACUUAAAUCAGAGGAUAGGCCAGAUUUAGUAUGCCGCAUUUUCAAGAUUAAACUUGAUCAUAUUGAUAUGAUAAAGGAUAUAAACAAGGGAAACAUCUUUGGAAAGGUUAAGUCAGCCUGUGAGGCUGCAUGGAUAAUUUUUGCUUUUGACAUUAAUUAUAGAGAACCAUCAGAUGAACGAUUGUCUUUUCAUUUGGAAAAUGAACAAAUUGUUACCUUCUCUGAUAAUGACAGAAUUGAUCAUGUGGUAAAUAAAGAAAAAUCUCAGCAUUCUAAAUUUUUGACAUGGAUGGAUGCCAAUAGAAAGUAUCCCGAAGCAAAAGAGCUUACAUAUAGGGAGUUUCCUUCUAAAUUUGUUUGGAAUCAACGAGAACAUCAAUGGUAUCCAAGAAAAAGAGGAUUUCAAAUCGGAAGAUUAUAUUUUGUUCAUCCAUGGAGUGGUCAAUUGUAUUACUUGCAAAAUUUGUUGAAUUAUUGUAAAGGUCCGACAUCUUUUGAAGAUCUAAAGACUGUCAACAAUGUGGUACUCGAUAGUUUUAAAGAUGCUUGCUAUGCAAGAUGUCUUAUACAUGAUGACAGAGAAUAUAUUGAUGCUAUUAUUGAAGCAUCACAUUGGGGAACAAAUAUCUUUUUAAGAAAGAUGUUCACAACUUUAUUAUUGUCAAAUCAAAUGACAAGUCCCGUAUUUACUUGGAAUAAUACUUAA